GUUUUAGUGUCAGCUGAGAGAGAGUGGAGAAAGGAGUGCAUGGAUUGGGAGGGGGCAGGAGAGACACAGAGAAGAGGGGGAUAUGUGAUCAAUAAAGCAACUGAUGGGAAACUGAGAAACAGACGCAUGUUGUGUUGGAGCCUGGAGAAUUCAAGGUGGGAGCAGUGGUGCCCCAGGGGGGAGAGAGGGGUGGUGGAGAGCAGCUGACAGUGACCCUGGGACAUAAGGAAGGGGGAGUGUGACCAGCACAUGAUCCAUGGACGGGAAGACUACAGACACAAGUGAGAGGGAGAAAGUGGGAGAAGAGAAACAAGUUAUCAAAAUGGUGUCUCAUAUCCUGCUCUCCGCUGUCGCUUUUGCGGUCGUCCUCACCCAGAUCAUAAUGAGUAGACUGUCAGACUCGCUGCUCACACUGGCGGACUCCGCGCACACACUCUCUCUGCUCAUUGCACUGUGCCCAGAGCUCAUCCUUUCCUACUCAUCCUCCUUGCCCGCACAUGCCCAGGCCCGACUUCCGACUCUCUUUUCGCUACUCUCUCCUCUCCUCCUCUCUUCCCUUUGCCUGUCUCUCACACUAGGGUCGCUGGGACAUCUUGUGCAUCCUCACCACUCUCACCGUCCGGCUCUCAUCCUCGUGGCUGGAGUGCUGGGUCUGCUGUUUAAUGUCAUAUAUAUGGCGGUCACUGGAGCUUUUCAAGGUCUGUGUCUAGCAAGAGUGCAACUACAGAAACAAAGAUGGCGGCUGGUUCUGCGCAUGCUGUGUUCCUUGGCACCUUCAUCCCUGCUCCUCACCAGCAGCUUGUUGCUGCAUCUGUUUAGUCACCCUGCUGUACACUACUUAGAUCCUGCUCUCUCAUUGGUUUCUAUAACAAUCAUGGUUGCUUCAGUCUACUCUGACAUUGUUCAAAAUGGCCGUGUACUCCUCCAGGCUGUGCCAACCUCUACAGAGUUACAAAGUGUAAAAAUGGAUCUGGACACACUCUGCGGCCAUGAGGGAUAUCAUGAGCUUCAUAUGUGGGCCCUUGCCCCAGGACAUGGUGUAGCAUCUCUACACAUUCACUGUUCUGGACUGGAGGCAUACAAGAAUAUCGUAAGCCAGGCCAGGAUUCUAUUUAAGCACCACGGCAUCAGAGAGCUGACCAUACAGCCAGAGUUUGGAAUUCCUGGGCCCUGUGCUUUGGCUUGUGGGCCCAGCUGUGUUCACCACUCCUGCUGCAAGUCCACACAUUCUAUAAGCAAUGAUUUAAUCUUGGCCAACAUGUGCACCUGAGGCUGGACAAGGCAUGUAAUUGAAAUCCACAGGGCAACAGUAAGUGCUUAGGAAGAUAUAAACUGUAGAAAGUGAACCCACAGCCACCUGUGUCUACUGAAAAAAAGGGCAGAAAUAGUGACAUUGACUUUAUAUUAACCUCCUUUUGGAUGGGACAAAAGACCUGCACCAUUCAGACCGCUUCUAGCCCCCUGACCAUCCACAGACCACAUAUGUAUAACACAGUGUUUUUUAAAAAAUAUGUUGUUUUAAUAUCUACAUACAAAAACAGUUAGUGCGUUAAGUUUCUUGUCAUUUCUUAUCAAAUGAAUUUACCCAAAAAGAGUGCUAACCAUGGUAGUCACCUACUUUGGAGGUUAGGAUUAAGGUAGUAGUUUAUAAGUAUUUAGUAAAUGUCUUUGUCCAUUAUAUCAUCCAAGGUCUUAUUUACACUUUUUGUGAUGUAGUGGGAUUUUCAGUCUUAAUGCCGAGAUUGUGAGUAUACUGAUAUCUCUAUUUACAAACACCAUCAGAACCUCUCGAUAUCGGAUUUCCAUCCAGUUAGAACUUGCCAAAAAUAAGGGGAGGAAGCACCAUCUGCGAAUUACUUCCAGCUAAUGGCCCUCAUUCCGAGUUGUUCGCUCGCAAGCUGCUUUUAGCAGCUUUGCACACGCUAAGCCGCCGCCUACUGGGAGUGAAUCUUAGCUUAUCAAAAUUGCGAACGAAAGAUUCGCAAUAUUGCGAAAAGACUUCUCUGUGCAGUUUCUGAGUAGCUCGAGACUUACUCUGCCAGUGCGAUCAGUUCAGUGCUUGUCGUUCCUGGUUUGACGUCACAAACACACCCAGCGUUCGCUCAGACACUGCUCCGUUUCUCCAGCCACUCCCGCGUUUUUCCCAGAAACGGUAGCGUUUUUUCACACACUCCCAUAAAACGGCCAGUUUCCGCCCAGAAACACCCACUUCCUGUCAAUCACACUACGAUCACCAGAACGAAGAAAAAACCUCGUAAUGCCGUGAGUAAAAUUCCUAACUGCAUAGCAAAUUUACUUGGCGCAGUCGCACUGCGGACAUUGCGCAUGCGCAUUAGCGACUAAUCGCUCCGUUGCGAGAAAAAAAUAACGAGCGAACAACUCGGAAUGACCCCCAAUAUACGAUGACAUAUGUUUCUGACCAAUGGUCAGCAACCACCCAUUUGUGUAUCCUCUGGGUAACUGCAAUCUGAGAACCGCCUCUCUUGUUCUCCUGUGAGGGCGAGGCUGAACCCUACUAAGCUGGCUGUUGCUUCGUCCUCAGUGCAGGGUGCAAAGUUUUCAAAGUGACAUGGGGCUGCUAUGUCAUCCACCUCCUGGGGUAUCCACGACAUGAGGACUUCAAGGUUUGAAGGCAUCUCUUCAAAUGGGGGGGCGUCAUCCAGUGCAGGGUCAGCUGCCGUCAAAUUAACGCCAGACAAGUAAUCAAAUGGCGGGAAAGGAUCCGGCAAGGUCAUGCCAAAGUCUAACCAAAGGUUAAAGAAUUAAAAGAGAAAAAUGAUAGCGGGUUACCUUACAGUUUUCAUUAAUCCUGAAAUAUAAAUGGUAUGUACCAAUUAAAGUGAACUUUUUCCUACACAUAAUAAAGGCAGACAUUUUUUGGAGUGCUGAAUCAGUGCUUGUAGGCAUGCAGCCCAUCAAAUCACCCAGAACCAGUGACAUUAUACUUUUUGGUCAAAGGGCUAGUGAGGGGAGUCUUAUUGACACCAAAACAUUCUGACCCCCCCCCCCCACCCCAUAGUUAUAAUAAUAAUAAUAAUAAUAAUAGUAAUAAUAAUGUUAUAAACUUAGUUCUACUAAUACUGAUAAAUGACUCCACUUAUUAACAAUUUCCAGGAGCAGAAACAAGGACUUUACAUGGAAUAUCAUAACACAUGGGAAAAAACCUUUAAGGUACCAAAUAACGUCAUUAUAUAUUAAAAGUGUAUAACUCUCAGUCUUCCCUAUCUGUGCCACCCCUGUAUGUCUGCCCCUCCCCUUAAGAAUGUAAGCUCUCACGAGCAGGACCCUAUCCCCUCAUGUGCUUUUCCCUCUCUUAGACUAUCUUCUACAACAUACUGUACUCCCUACAACGGCACCUAACUCUCAGCUGAUACUAAGGUCAGUGGCCCUCAUUCCGAGUUGUUCGCUCGCUAGCCGCUUUUCGCAGCAGUACACACGCUAAGUCGCCGCCCUCUGGGAGUGUAUCUUAGCUUAGCAGAAUUGCGAACGAAGUAUUCGCAAUAUUGCGAAAAGAUUUUUCUGUGCAGUUUCUGAGUAGCUCGAGACUUACUCUUCCAAUGCGAUCAGUUCAGUGCUUGUCGUUCCUGGUUUGACGUCACAAACACACCCAGCGUUCGCCCAGACACUCCCCCGUUUCUCCAGCCACUCCCGCGUUUUUCCCAGAAAAGGCAGCGUUUUUUCACACACUCCCAUAAAACGUCCAGUUUCCGCCCAGAAACACCCACUUCCUGUCAAUCACACUCCGAUCACCAGAACGAAGAAAAAACCUUGUAAUGCCAUGAGUAAAAUACCAAACUUCUUAGCAAAUUUACUUGGCGCAGUCGCAGUGCGAACAUUGCGCAUGCGCAAUUAGCGGAAAAUCGCUGCGAUGCGAAGAAAAUUACCGAGCGAACAACUCGGAAUGAGGGCCAGUGUCAUGUCUGCUGAUACAGCCAUGUCCAUAUACCAUAUACAUGUCCUACAUUGCCUUGUACUCUAAAUCACUGGUUUUCUUGUUUUGCUCGGGUGUUUCUGUACUUUGUUAGGUGCUCUGUGGCGCCAGGUAAAUAAAGGAUAAGAAUAAUGAUACUGUA